GGGUCUUUUCCAACUUCUUUCUUGCUCAGUCGCUGCUAAUAAUCACUCAGCUGGCCAGAGGUUUCCUUCUCUCCUGGUUUGGGAAGAAGCGUCCAGUUCGACUGAGACCACCCGCCAAGACAGAUGUCGUCACGCAGUGAAGACGAUCUCAUGCACACUUUCAAUGGCAUCACUUUCACCAUCAGGACUUCUCCCGAGCUCUUGAAAUCCCUGGACACGUUUGACGCUAGAGAAGACGACAUCCUUUUGGUUUCGUACCCAAAGUCUGGCACUCACUGGCUGGCCGAAAUCCUCAUGCACCUCUAUGCACCCAGAGUGUCUUUAACAUCUCCGAUUGAAUUUGGAGAUCUUUCCAGACUGGACCAACUGGACCGUCUUUCAGGCAAGAGAAUCAUUCCAACCCAUUUGGACGGCAGCAUGCUGCCACCCGCUUUUAAACUCAAGCAAUGUAAGGCUAUCUACAUCAUCAGAAACCCCAAAGACAUUGCGGUUUCCAUGUAUCAUUAUUACAGAGACAAUCCAAACCUCCCCACCAUCGAUUCCUGGCCUGUUUUCCUGGAGAUGUUCUUAAGAGGAGACGUUGUCUGCGGAUCCUGGUUUGACCAUGUCUUAAGCUGGGAGAAACACACAGAUGACAAAAACACUCUGUUCUUGUUCUAUGAAGAUAUGAAACAGGACCUCCCAAAGGUUGUGAAGAAAGUCAGUGCUUUCCUGGCACUCAACACCAGCGAGAGCAGAAUCCACGAGAUCUGCAAGAAAUCCUCGUUCAGCGAGAUGAAAACCAACACGGAGAAGGAGAACGACCCGAACCACACGGUCUGCGCGCUCACAUCCAACCGGAAGCUGGUAUUCCGAAAAGGUGCCGUCGGCGACUGGAAAAACCAUUUCACCCCCAAACAGAACCGGAUGUUCGAAGAGACAUUUAACAAGAAAAUGAAAUUUAGCGAAGUGGCAAAACAUCUUGUCUACGAGUUCUGAUUGUGAUGGCAACCAGCCACCAGCUGGUGACUGUACGGAAACGUUUGUUGGGGAGAUCUGUAUAUAUUUUAAAAAGGCUUGUAUUCUCCAGGUUUUGGGGUUAUGUCUCUUCUAAAGAGGAAAACAGAAAGCACAAAUGUGGGAACGGUGACCAAAUGUUGCAGUUUAUCUUAAGCCUCUCCACUCCAUUUCACUUACCCCCAUUUUCUGUUUUCUCCUCCCUCCAAAUAGUCUGUCGCCACUUGGUCACUGGGGUUCCUGUUCCUUCUGUUUUUACAACAUUGCAAAUGUUUGGCUUUGAUAUCACCUGCUAAUAUUGCCUUCUUGUGUAUUGGAAGUGGCAGUGUAGUGGUUUGAGUUCUGGACUCUGACCUGGGAUACCAGGGAUCCCCACCCAAUAAAAAAAGAGACCUAAUGUAAACGAGUCUGUCAAGCAUGAAACUAGCCAUUUAAGAGGCUAAAAUAAAGUCACAGCACAAGGAGAAAUUGUUCGACCCUAGCAGGCAUUGACAAAUUGCAGGGGGGGAAAUGGCAUAUUUCCAUAAUGUCAAGUUUGCAGAACUAGAAAGACAUGUUUUGCUAAUGAGAAGAUUGGAAAACGUUUAUUGAGUAUAUGGGGGGGGGGAAUUGUGUACACUUGAAAACAUUGGCAGCAUU